AUGGGUUGCGGUGCAACUAGGGAUGUCAAUCCGUUGCCACCGCCAGAUGUAGAUUUCCGCUCGGGAGGUCAGUUGUUAAAGUUGGGUGGUUCUUUGAAAGCGAGUGGAGGGAAGGAGCCCCUGAUGCGAAUGCCCGGAAAGGAUAAAUACAUUAAAGAAUCCGGGGCGGUUGUUAUGGAUGACCGUCAGAAGAGCGAAGGAGGGGGAGGCAAUCGGGCAUCUGUUGGCAUGUUGAUUUUGUUUUGUGCACCGGGCACAGACGAACUUGUCAUUUCAUACCGUGAGAACUCAUCCGGUGCGAUUUAUGCCAAGCGUAUGACAGACAAAGAACUUUUGGCAUCGAAAGAUGCCGCUGGCAUAAGAGUUUCGUGGGGCCUUUUUUUCAAGUCGCUUGCGUCCGAUGUAUUGAAUAAUAGGGCUGUUGUACGAUAUUCCACAAGUACUAGUAAAGAUGUUCACUUCAAUAUCCUCAGCAGAAAAGAUCGGGGUGUGAAGUACGACUAUACAUGUGAGCUUGUGAUGGUCUCCGGCCUCGGGGCCUCGGCUGAGCAGAAUGCGGUUGUUGAAUAUUUUGUUGAACCCAUGACACGCAUGCUACAGGUCCGUCGUCGUGUUUCUGCGUGUUCUAACCGGGGCGACGCUUUGGAAAAAUUAGAGUGUGACCACGUCGUGAAGAUGGCGGCUUUGCGACGCUACAAGGCGAGAUUAAAAGAACUUCUCAACACGGUGAAGCCACUGCGGGAGGAGGCUUCUAUCAUAUCCGAGAAGACGAUGAACUUGCUCCUUGAGGCAAAAUCUCUUGAGAGCAAACUCCAGAUGAUGCGUGGCGGGAUUGGUGAUGAACAGCCCUUAGAUAUUCUCUAUGAGAAGGGCGGGGCGCAGUAUUUCCAGCACGUUCCACAUGCGGAAUUUUAUUAUCCAAAAGAGGAAAAGGUGGACCAAGGCAUUUUGGCAUGUAUCCGGGCCGCAUUCCCCCUUUUUCCUGGUGCCACUCUUGACGGUAUCAUGACUGUUUUAGAUCGUCCUGAACUGCAGCCGCUUCUCAAUGAUUUCUCCCGUCCUUUGGUCAGGGAUAUGUUUGAUGUCUUUUCUGGUCUGGAUCGAUGGGACUACAAUGUCAUCGAGCUGGAGAUUAUCACGAACGGCAAUGCGCUUUUCUACACGACUUACGUGCUUCUUUACAAGCUGGAUCUUGUCGCCCAAUUUCAUCUUGAUGACACCGUACUGCAGCAGUUCCUGCUGGGCGUCCAGGCGGGUUACCAUCCAAACCCGUACCACAAUUCAAUGCAUGCUGCUGAUGUGACACAUAUCAAUUAUUACAUCAUGAUGAUUGCUGGUCUGAAGGAAAAGUGCCAUUUAAGCAAGGAGAAGGUGCUGGCAGGUGUGAUUGCUGGCGCCAUUCAUGACUUCGAUCAUCCUGGCUUAAAUAACAAUUUCCAUACCAAGACAAAUGCUUACUUGAGCACACUCUACAAUGAUCGAUCCAUUCUUGAAAACCACCAUAUUGCUUGCAUUUUUGAACUUAUACUACAUCCUGCUUACAAUGUGUUCUCUCCCCUUAGCAAUGAACAAAUGCAUGCGGUGCGUGAAACAAUGAUAGAGAUGGUUUUGGCAACGGAUAUGGGGAAUCAUGGAAAUUUGCUUAGGAAGUUUAAGCUACGCAUGGCAGAGACCACCGACUGGCGUACGGAAAAGGAAGAUGUUCUUUUAGCUUUAUCUAUGAGCAUAAAAAUGGCUGACAUCUCUAACUGUGCGAGGCCAAAAUACAUCUACGCUGAGUGGGCGAGAAAUAUUUCACGAGAGUUUUACAAUCAGGGGGAUGCAGAGGCGGCGUGUGGACUCCCCAUAUCUCCAUUUAUGGAUCGCAAGAGGAAAAUGGCUGAUUUUCCAAAGGGUCAAAUCUCUUUUAUGACGUACAUUGUGGUGCCUAUGGUGGAGGCGAUUUCGGAGUUUCUUCCGUCACUUUGCUUUGCGCUGCAGCACUGCAACGAAAAUAAAGACGCAUGGCAGAGUUUUAUUGAGGAACAUACUUGA